AUGUAUUCUUGCAUGGGAUUCAACAUCCCUAUCAGCGUAACGACAUUAUCAUUUCUUCUAAGCAAUACCCCUCAAUAUCAAGUUCGAGCUGAUGCCGGUUUGAUCACAAGUGAAAACUAUGAUACCUUUAAUAUUGGAGGAUAUGGUGAUUGGCCAAAACAGCAUUACCAUUCAUCCGAUUUGACAUCACCCCUCUUUCUUGUCAACAAAUGGAACGAGAGUGCUAUCAGCAAUCAUUCUCAUAUCUUCAUGUCGCCUACAUUGGACGGAGAAGAGAAAUCACCCAUGAUAUUCUCUAGCAAAGAUUUAAGUCUAGUCUACGCUGAUUCUACAUGGCAUGGUGGUUCAGAUACCAAGUUACAAUUCUACAACGGAAAGCCUUAUUUAACCUUUUGGUCUGGUAUCGACUUUCAAGGCCAUGGUUCUGGUGGAGGGGUCUACAAUAUCAGUGUGAAUUCUUUAGCUGGAGGUGCGGAUGGCCAUGAGUUUCAAUUGACGGAAGAUGGAGGGGCGAUGAUGAAUAACUACCAUACUACUAUUGCCGAUUGUAGACCAGUAGGCGGUCCCAAUGGUGGAAAAGUCUUGACAGGGUCAUUUCAAGAGGUUGACAUCGAGACGGGCUGGGUACGACACACUUGGAAUGCACUUGAUCAUUUCGGCUUGAACGAAUCCUUCACAACCUAUGUCGACGAGGAAUGGGGAUGGGAUUGGUUUCACAUGAACAGUCUACAGAAGACCAGAGAAGGGCAUUAUUUGAUUUCGAGUCGUCAUUUAAGAAUGAUAGCAUAUAUCAAUGGAACCGAUGGAAGUAAAAUCUGGCAAAUUGGUGGAUACAACAAUGAUUUUACAGAUUUGAGUGAUGGAAACGCCACGAAUUUCGCGUUCCAACAUCAUGCGCGAUUCGUCAAUGACGACCUGACGGAAAUUACAUUUUUUGAUAACCACAACAUGUAUAUAAAUUCGCCGACGCCCAAUUGUACAACGGAUUGUUCACGGGGUAUGAAGAUCAAGCUUAAUUACCACAACAUGACGGUGAAGCUUGUACAUCAAUUCUAUCAUCCGAAAAGUGUACAGGCAUGGGCUGAGGGUGGCAUUCAAGCGUUGGAUAAUGGGAAUUUCUUAGUGGGAUAUGGAGUUGUUCCUAGUUUUGCUGAAUUUACAGAUACGGGUGAAGUUGCAGCGGAAAUUCAGACCCGGCCCUGGUAUGUCGCCUCUGGUAGAGGUACGGACUUGUACCGCGUGUAUAAAUUUGAUUGGGUUGCUCAGCCCUCAUGGAAGCCAGUCAUGGUUGAAGUUGGGCAGAUUCUAUACGUCAGUUGGAAUGGAGCUACCGAGGUUGAUUCCUGGGCUUUAUACGGAGGAAGCUCUCCGACCACUAUGCAUCAUCUUCUCACCAUGCCUAAGACCGGAUUCGAAACUGGAGUUCGACCAUCCGAUUCUUCUGCUUUCUAUCAAGCCGUUGCUUUAGACAAAGAUGGAAAAGAAUUAGAUUCAACGGAAAUCCUCGAAAUGUAUCGCCUCUCUUCUCCUACACUACUCCGUAUCCCGGAAGAGUAUUUGACCGCCAUGAGACUCUUUCCUUUCAUGUGGGCUGCUGUAAUAUUGAUUUCAAUAGCUUUGGCACGUUCGAGUCUAUGGAUGAAAUUGCGUAAAAGAAUGGGAGGUAGAGGGAGUGAGGUGGGAGAGGCUAUGGAGAAAGAAAGUUAA